AUUAGCAGCAGCCAAUUGCAAACGAUCAAGAGAAGCGACGACUCCAUCUCCGGUCUCCCACGCCUAUAAUCCAAUCACGGGCGGCAAUCCUCUCCGUCAAUCAUUGCCGCAAUUCAUUCUUACCCUCCAGCUAGAUCGACCGGAGCAGCAGAGAGGCUGAUCCGACCGAGCUUCACCUCAAGAUAUGGCAAGCAAAAGGAUUCAGAAGGAACUCAUGGAUUUGCAAAAGGAUCCACCGACAUCAUGCAGUGCUGGGCCUGCUGGAGAGGAUCUAUUCCACUGGCAGGCCACAAUCAUGGGUCCUAGUGACAGCCCCUAUGCAGGAGGGGUGUUCUUUGUUAACAUCCACUUUCCUCCUGACUACCCCUUUAAGCCUCCAAAAGUGAACUUCCAAACAAAGGUGUAUCACCCAAACAUCAACUCUAACGGGAGCAUUUGCCUUGAUAUCCUCAAGGAGCAGUGGAGCCCAGCGCUGACCAUAUCAAAGGUCCUGCUCUCCAUCAGCUCUCUCCUCACCGACCCCAACCCAGACGACCCCCUUGUCCCAGAGAUUGCUCACAUGUACAAGAACCAGAGGCAACGCUACGAGGAAACUGCAAGGGCCUGGACCCAGAAGUACGCGAUGGGCUGAUGCCCCAUCACAUUGAGCAAUGUUGCCACUUGCCACUGCAAUGGCCAUCGUGAACAUUGUAAAGAUUAAGUCGAACCGGUUCCAUGUCUUGUGAUGGUAUCCCAGGACCCCAGACGGCUGUGUCAGUUGUACUGGCUUCUCAAGACAAAGUUUAUCUGUGUACAGCAGCUUUAAAGCUUGAAAAUCUGAGUUCUGCACCCAAACUUUGGUUUAUACCCUGAAAAGCACUUGUGCUCACUGCAUUCGCGUGUGUAGCCCUGCCAAGAAACUGGUAAAUUUGUAUGUGGGAGGAUGUUAUAUUUUCUAAA